AUGGGGAUAGAAAAGAAAAUAGCCUCAUUAGAAACCUUUUUGAACCGUGUUGAUUUCCCACUACAACCUCAUAGCUAUGAAGCUAAAGUUGUUUUGGAUGUCUUAUUUGAAAAGGGUGGGUUUCUUAAUUUGUGUGAUUUGUUGUUUGGAGAUUUUAACAGUAAACGACCAUCAGAGAAAGAAGAAGAAUUAUCUUGGAUGGAUAUAGCAAAUGCAAAACCAAAUGGUAAAAUAGCUUCAUCAAUUUUUCGUCUUGUAGCUCCUGGUGGACGGUUAUGUCAUUUAUUAGAAGCAGUAUCUGUGCCUGCAAAAGAUUUUUCAACACGGUUAAAGAGUUCUUCGAAAGGAGAUGUUGUUCAAGAAUCUGAUGUUAAUACUCAAUCUUAUAAAUUUUUUAUGCCUCUAUCAACGUUGUAUACAUCAUCAUAUGAACUUAUUGGAGAAACUGCUACUACAAAUUGGUAUUCUCUUUCUCGUGCUCGUUGUCCUUCUAUGUUUCUUAUACCAUUUUGGAGUCCUCCUCUUGUAACACGACCUGAUUCUGAUAGUAGAGAAGUAUUAACAUCUCUUCCAUGUUAUCCACUUCCUUAUUUUGUUUUACGAAUGCUUCUUUAUGUUGUUCGUAGAGCUGAAAGAUAUGGUGUUAGAAUGGUUCGAAAUCCUAAUUUAGAUACUUUGGGUAAAAAAAUUGGGGCAUUAUUAAACUAUGUUAAAAAUAGUUUAUGGAAUUCUUAUUCUGUAGAACUUCCUUUUUAUCAUCGUCUUUUAACUGCCUAUAUACAAUAUUUUAUAUCUACCUCAUUUAUAAAACGUACUGGAUUAAAUCGAUCAUUGGAAGAAGUUCAAUGGUUUACAUCUGAUGUUACUGCUGCAUUACUUUUAUCUGCACCAAGUCUUUUAUGGAUGAGAAAUGUCCGUCACCCAGGACUUGAAAUUUAUCGAAUUCCUUGUAAAGAUGUGGUUACUGCAGCACUUGUUUUUCGUUUAAUCCCUUUUUUAACAGAAUGUUUUCUUGCCCUUACUCGAAUGGGACAAGAAAAUUUAUUUGCAAAUGAUUCAGCAUAUUCUCUUAUAGUUCGUAAAGACUUUUUCAACGAUUCUAUAGCUUUAGCUUCAUGGGAUAUUCUUUCUCUAGAUCUUUAUUUUUACCGUAAUACUUUGAUUGCAUUACGACAAUCAUUAAUUUCUUUGGAUAGUUUUGGAGAAUGCAAAAGAGAGCACUAUAAUAAUACUCUUGAACUUUGGUAUACAAUGAUAAAACCAAUUGAAAAUAUGAAAGAAAUUAGUAAAACGUACGUUAUUCAUCAUUAUGAAGUGUAUAGUUUUUUGUUAAUUGAUGUUUUUUCUAUGGUUUUAAAAGGUAAUUUUUUGGCUUUUAUUGAUGUUGUGGGUGCAGCUAUGUGGUCAAAAUGUAUUGAAGUCUUUUCAAUGCCAUCUUUACAGGCAGUUUUUAGUGAGAUUAGCAAUUAUGAAAUUAAUUCUCGAUCUAAUUUAAUAGAUGCGAUUACCCAGUAUUUUACUUUAAAUUGGACUAAUGAAGAUGGAUCAGUUCAUGUCCUUAGAUUAUUUGGUGAUAAAACUCUUGAUUUUGCUGCAGAAGUAUACUUAGCUAUAGAAUCACGAUUAAAAUUGGGUAAUUUAGAUACUUUAAUAAUCGCUCACUUGGAAGAUUCUUUAGAAUUUCUUGAAAAGGCUUUUAAUGGUUUAUCUUCUGUAGUUCAAAAACUACGUGAUAUUCGUGCAACCACUCAUCGACCAAGUGUAAAUAGCCAACUUGAAUCUUCCUUGGUUACGAAAAAAGUAGAACAUAAUACAAAAACAGAAAAAGAAUUAUAUUUUAAGGGGAUUCAACGUUCUUGUGGUUUUACUGGUCCAUUGGGUCUUAAGUUUGCUACAGAAAAUAAUGUUUUUCCAGGUGGUCAUAACCCUGUUAUGGAAUUAAGUUAUAGUAAUGAAUUUCCUUUUUUACUUUCCUUAACAAGGUUUAUAGAUUCAUUUAUUGAAAAAAUACUUGAAGUCUAUUACUCUGCUUGGAUACCAACUUGUAGUAGAGGUCACAAUAUGUGGUUACUUUCUUCAAGUAAGUAUGGUUGUAUAAAUCAUCCUCGACAAUCUGCCGUAUGGGAAUGCUUAUUAUGUGAAGAAGUUUAUGGAGUUUGUUGUCGUUCUAAUCCUCAUGGUAAAAAUGGAGAAGAAUUAAUUCGUGUAGAAAAUAUUCAAUGUGGAAAUAAUCCUUUUUGUCAGGAAUGUUUUUCACUUUUUCAGUCGAAUAAUGUUGUUUAUUCUUCACCUUCUUCUAAAGAUAUGUUUUGUUCAGAUUGUUCAUCGCGUCCAUUUAAAAAAAGAAGUUCUCGUUUCCUUGCAGCUUAUGCUACAUGGGCGAUAUUUUUCUUUAUUGCCCUACUUGUAGUUUUUAUUUAUAGCAUGUAA